CCUUCUUCUCUUCCCCCACCACCACCACUAAAACGUGUCCAAUCGACCGGUGGAAUUCACUAAACCGCAACGGGUUGCGCACGCCCCUGCGCGUCACCGAAGGGACUGGAAAGCGAAGACGCUCAACUCUUCCUGCUCCACUUCGUCCCGCAGCUCGGGCCGUCACGUCCCCGCGUCCACAGGCGCCGCGCCGCAAGGAGACAUGAUCGCUGCCUGCUCCGCACGGAACGUUUCGACACUCGCAGCCCGCGGACCGACUCGCCACUGACGAACCCCUCCAGCGCAGACACUCCUUUUUAAAAUGGACCAACAGAACCAAAGCUGCCAUUAUAAUGAGCCCAUGGGCUUCUUCUACAAUAACAGCGGCGCUGAUGACCAAUUGGCCGGACACAAGCUCAUCUUGAUGCGGGUGGUGGGCUCUCUCUUCUGCUGUUUCAUCCUGGUCUCCAACGCCAUGGUGAUAGCUGCUGUCAUCACCAAUAAGAGGUUUCACUAUCCCUUCUACUAUCUCCUAGCCAACCUUGCUGCCUCGGACUUCCUGGCGGGCAUAGCGUACGUGUACCUGAUGUUUAACACGGGUGAGGUGUCGCUGACACUUACAGUUAAAGAAUACUUCAUCCGUCAAGGUCUUCUGGACAUCAGUCUCUCAGCCUCGCUGGCUAACCUGCUGGUGAUAGCUCUGGAGCGCUACAUCUCUGUCAUGAACUGGAGGGUCCACAGCAACCUGACAAAGAGGAGGGUGACGCUGCUGAUCGUGCUGGUGUGGGCCAUCUCCAUCUUCAUGGGCGCCGUGCCGAGUCUGGGCUGGAACUGCAUCUGCAACCUGGACUACUGCUCUCAACUCGCGCCCAUCUUCAGCAGGAGCUACCUGAUCUUCUGGUCCACUUCUAACCUGGUGGUGUUCCUCGUGAUGGUGGUCAUCUACACGAGGAUCUACACCUACGUCAAGAAGAAGACGGCGAUUCUCUCGUCGCACACCAGCGGCUCCAUCAACCGCAAGAGAACGCCCAUCAAGCUCAUCAAGACGGUCAUGAUUGUGCUCGGGGCCUUUGUGAUCUGCUGGACUCCCGGCCUGGUGGUGCUGCUCAUGGACGGCCUCGAAUGUACGAGUUGUAACGUCAUGAAGUUGAAGCGCUGGCUGCUGCUCUUGGCCGUACUCAACUCCGUCAUGAACCCGUGCAUCUACUCCUACAAGGACGAGGAAAUGUGGACAACGUUCAAAAACCUCCUGCGCUGCAUCGGCAACGGCACGCGGCGGCAGCGGUCCACGAGGGCCAAUGCCAGGCCGCUCAGCUCGGCCCAGGAUACGGGCAACAGCCUGCGCGCCUCAGAGGAGACCAAAAAUGAGAAUGACGACAUGAUCAAGACUUGAAAGUGGAAAUGUUAACAUAGUUCGUACCCAGCUCUGACUGGAUGUAGCUAAAGAAGACGCAAAUUGGUCUCGGGGCGUCGUCUUGUCCACUGAUUUAAAGGGGUUUUCUUGACGAGACCCUGCAGGCCAGCUGUCGCCGGUGCAGAGCUGGUGAGAUCGAGACGAGGCCUCAAAGCACUACCAAUUCUCCAAAUGGAGGAAACGGUAUUCUCAAGUUUCAUUUAGGACAUUACAGCUUUUGGACACAAUAAUGCUUGUCAGGGAUUGGGAGGUCCCUGUAGCCGUUUCCUCCAGUUCCUUUUGUCUUUUUCAAAAAGAACACCUCCCUGUGGGUUAUUUAAACAUUCUUCAAGGCACGAUAAGAAGCCAGUAAGAAGUCCAGACCGCAUUUUUACUUUUACUUCCCAAAACAGUAAAAUCGUGCAACGGGCGGCUUAACUUUAUCACGUAAAAACAUACGUGUACAUGUGACGGUCUCUAGGUUCGCUUCCUAUGUAGCUUUUGUGGAAGGGAUUCUUAAAUUGAUAAUCUACUGUAGUUAGGACAUUUUGUAAUCUAACCCUAACAAACCCUAACCACUGUGCAAGGACACAGAUUUUAAGAAUAUUUCAAACACAACCAGCGACAAAUACUAUAAACUGCUGUAAUGUAUGUACUUGUACCUUGUGUAGAAAGCCUGAGAGUUACGGUCAUUUCAUCUGUAUGCAGCCAUUCACUGUGCUUGAUUAUUUUUUUCUAUAAUUUGCAUUUUAUAUUCCUGAAAAUGACACCCUGCUUUCUCUGUAGAGCAUUUCGGCUGUUGCUGAAUAAUUCCUCCUUUCUUGUCCUAUCUGUCACCUUUAUCAGGUUACAUUAACAGCCUGCAGAACCCUGCAAACUGGUUCUUUGAGCAGCAUUUCAACACACCUGCUUCUACUCGCUGAAUGGUUGCUGUGAGGCAAGCGCUGCUCACCUGACAGCGCAGGGGUAAUAAAAGGUUGCGACACACUUCAUUCCUGUUCGAAUUGUAGGAACAGCCUGUGUGCCUGCAGGAAUCCAAUAUUUAGGCUGAAAGACUGAAUGACUGUAACUAGACACACACAUGCCCCAUCGCCCCUUCAGCACCAGACUGCUAAAUGAAUGACUGGAUUCAAAUGAGUCAUCUUUAACCUGCUGAACAGUAUUUAUGCCACUCCUGCUGUAAAAUACUUGACAUCAUUAAAGUUAUUUUGUGUAGUUUUCUUAUUUUUUUUAUCAAACUGUUUCAAUGGCAUCACUGUUGAGCUGAACUGAAAUGUAAUUUAAAAAAAAUCUUUGAAAUCUU